AUGACGUCAUCGGUGACGCAGGCGCUCUCGCGCGACCGGCAGCCGGAGGUCUGGUUGGACCCGGGGGUUCAGUUCCGUUCGGUUCGGUUCAGUUCCGUUCGGUUCGGUUCGGGGCUCUCCUUUUCCACGCCAGUCCAAUUCCUCGUGGGGAUGGAUCGUGGUCACGCUUGGGUCACGAGCCGUGUCGCGAUGCUGUCGCGGGAGGACCUGCGGCUGGUGGCGGCUGUUGUGGCUUUAUUCCUGGGUUUUGCGGGGGGCAUGAACUGCGUCCGGCUGCUGCUCGCCCUGGCUUUGGCUUCCCUGGCGUGUCCCAGGGUUGAGCUGCGGGAGAUGGGCACGGUGUGCAUCAUGGAGCUGGUGGCUGUUGUCAGCAAUUCCUUGGCGUUCGCCUUGCUUUACCAUUACUACGUGUGGGGAGCAGGCGGGGAGGGCUGGGAAGGAGCCCCGGGACCAUCCCCCGCCUACUUCAGGCGGCAUCUCAAGGACUUUUUUUAUAAUUGCACCUUCAGCGGGGGUGCGGAGAGAACAUCUCCGUGGGUCUGUCCUUUUCCUUGGAACUUCGAUGAAGAAGCUGUGGAGCAGUUGCCCUACCCCUGGGAUUCUGCAGUGCAUCUGCUCAGAUUGUCGUUUGCUUUCAGUUGGUUUGUCUUGUGUGCAGUUGUGUACAAUCACUCACGGGACAACCCUGAAGGUGGUGCAGCCCCUACAGAGGGUCCUGCACCCACUCCUGGCCUCACCGUGGCCACUGCCAGCAGUGCCACCACCACAGGCACCCUGGGUGCCCCGGUGACUGCACAGGCUUCUGCCAGGACUCAAGUCCUGGAGACAUCCAGUGUGAGUACCCAGACUCCAGCAGAAGGCAUUGCUCAGGAGAUGGAUGAUGAGAUCGACCUAGAGGCUGCAGCAGAACCAGUGUCACCCAGCCCAGUGUGGAAGAGGAGAUGGACAAACAGAGCAGGUCACCAGUGUCCAUCAGGGCCGUGGCAGGAGGAAGAACCACAGGAGAUGGCCACUCAGCAUUUAUCCCCCAGUGAGCUGCGAGAUCUUCGUGAGGAUUUCGGCCGUCAGGAAGGUGAGCAGCACCUUAGGUGGCUGCUCCGAUGCUGGGAUAAUGGAGCCAACAGCUUGGACCUGAACGGGAGACAACCCAGGGGGUUGGGAUUGCUGGCUAAAGAUGAGGGGGUUGAUAGGUAUCUUUGGAAAGACCCCAGGCCCCUCACUCUCUGGAAACGACUCCUGUUAGCCAUGAGGAAGAGGUAUUCCUCUAGGGACUAUGUUGUGUACCAGCUGGAGAAGUGGACAACCAUCAAGGGAGGCAUCAGGAAUCUGAGACAAACAGCUGUGAGGGAGCUAAUUUUUUCUGACCUGGAUGACCCCCAGACACCACUGGAUCCAGAUGCCCUGAAAGUCACCAGGCUGAUGUGGCACAACUGGUUACUGAGUGGGCCACCCCUGCAUGCCAGCAGAGUAGCAAUAUUUUACUUGGAAGGGGAGGAGGCACCAACAGUGGAUUUCAUGAAAAACAUGUUGCAGCAGUAUGCUGACAGUCUCUCUUCCACCCCACGGAACAGUCACUCACCUGUGGAACAAGAGUCUCACCAGUCUGCAGAACUCCUCGGCUUCCAACCACGAAGGCUGGGCCAGGAUCCAAAUUCCACCGACACCAGUGGCAGUGCUGGAUGGAUGGUGGAGCCAGCGCUGUGGGCUGACCCUGCAGAGGUCCCCGAGGAGCCGGGUGCUUCUGCAGCCUCGGUCCCCACUGAGGUGCUGAGGGCCCGGAGCAGGGUGGUGGUGUGUGGCAUCUGCAUGGAAAGGGUGUAUGAGAAGCAGCUCCCCGAGGAGAGGCUCUUUGGGAUCCUCCCCAACUGCAGCCACGCGUACUGCGUGAGCUGCAUCCGCAAGUGGAGGCAGAGCCGGGAGUUUGAGAACGAAGUCAUCAAGGCCUGCCCGGAGUGCCGGGUCACCUCCAGUUACUACAUCCCCCACAAAUACUGGGUGUCGGAUGCGGAUGAGAAGGAGAAGCUCAUCAGAUCCUUCAGGGCACGGACAGGGAAAAUCAGGUGCAAGUUCUUUGUCCGGAGCCGUGGCUACUGCCCCUUCAAGUCAGACUGCAUCUACCUGCACGAGCUGCCCGCUGGACGGCUGCCGCGGCGCCGACGGCGUCAGCCCCUGAGGUUUCCCUUUGAAUUCAGCCGUUCUCCCUUGGAGAGUUCCGACGAUGAGGAUCUCUACAUGGUCGAAGGGGCUUUGGCCUCGAUGGGCUUAGGCUUUGUGGACAGGAAUUAUGACCACGAGAUGCUCUUCACGGACUUCAUUGACUCGGACUGAGGGCCCACCAACCCCCCGGGAUGCCCUGCAGGGCCCCCAGCUGAUGUCAGCAGCAGGGAAUAGUCUGGGAGGGAGAAGCAUCAUCUGCUACUGACAUGUUUUGCUGCCCUGCACAGCUUUGGAGCAGCUCCAGGUGUUUGCAGGGGUGAGAUGGGGCAAGAACCUGGCUGGUGUUUAUCAGCCACCCCCAGGGGGAUGGCUGAACCCACAGCAGGUCCCACACACGUCCCCCCCCCCCUACCCCAGGAUGCUGGGGGUGGUGGUGGCAGAGCUGCAGGGGUCUCAGGGCAGUGGGGCACAGCCCCCCCCUUCCAUCCUCACCUCCUUUGGGGUGCAGAGUUCUGCAUCCAUGGGAGACCUCACGGGGGGGGUGGGUGCUGGGGGACAGGGGUGGCUUUUAAGGCACGAGGGGGCUGGGAUGGGUGCUGGGGUGGGGGGAUGUAGGGGAUUCAGAGCUGGGCACUGUUCUUAAACUGAUUUUAGCCAAAAUUGGAAAUCACGAAAUAAAAUGGGCUGUGGAACAG